AGUGGAUCUCCUUGUGGAGCUGUGCCUUGGGGAGAGGAGGAUUGACACCUCUGUGUCUGUUCCCGUUGCAGAUGCUCUGUACGACGUGAUCACCGUGGGAGCCCCAGCAGCUCAUUUCCAGGGCUUUAAGAACGGAGGACUCCGCAAACUGCUGAGCAAAUUCGAGGCAGAGAGGAGAAAUACUGGAUACCAGUGCAUUUACUACUCACCAGAAAACACAGCCAAGGCAAAAGAAGUUCUCAGCAAGAUCAACCAUCUCCAGCCUCUGAUCUCAAGCCAUGCAGACCUGCUGCUCAGCUCUGCGAGCCAGCACUCUCCAGACAGCCUCAAGAAUUCUUUAAAGAUGCUUUCAGAAAAAACAGAGUUGUUUGUGCAUGCAUUCAAGGACCAGCUGGUCAGAAGUGCCCUUCUAGCACUGUACACAGCCCGGCCUGGCUGUGUCCUCAAGAAACCAGCUGUGCCUAGGAGCAGCGCUGAGGAAGGGGGUGAUGUGCAGCACCAGGACCAUCCUGCCCAGAUUAAGAGACAGGACUCUAUCCCCCAUCAUUCUGAGUAUGACGAGGAGGAGUGGGACAGGGUGUGGGCCAGCGUGGGCAAGAGUUUGAACUGUGUCAUUGCCAUGGUGGACAGACUGCUGGAAAAAGACACCUCCAGCCACACUGAAGAGGGUGACAGUGACCCUUCAGCAGCAGAUUGCAAGGUGCUGCCUACAGGUGACUGGUACGAGCAGCUGUACCCACUGGUGGUUGCACUCAAGGACUGCAUGGGAGAGGUGGUGACCAGGGCCAAGCAAUCCAUGGCAUUUGUUCUGCUCCAGGAACUUGCCUGUGGUUUGCCACAGUGUUUGAUGCUGACCCUAAGAAGAGACAUCGUCUUCAGUCAAGCACUGGCUGGAUUGGUCUGUGGGUUUAUAAUCAAACUGCACACAGGUUUACAUGACCAAGGAUUUUUACAACAGCUUCAUACUGUUGGAUUGCUUGUUCAAUAUGAAGGACUCCUCAGUACAUACAGUGAAGAAGCAGGGAUGCUGGAAGACAUGGCUGUGGGCAUUUCAGACUUGCAGAAAGUCAUGUUUAAAGUCAUUGAAGCCAAAUCAGAAGAUUUUUUGCCUGUUAUAAGUGGGAGGCGGGAACAUUACAUCAUAGAGGUCCAACUUCCAGCAAAGAUGUUUGAGCUGCUGCCCCAAGAGAUUAAAGAAGGGAAACUUCUUCGCAUGUACCCAGUGCUCUUCAAUGUUGGAAUCAACGAGCAGCAAACCCUUGCAGAGAGGUUUGGAGAUACAACUUUGCAGGAAAACAUCAACCAGGAAAACUUAGAACUUCUCAAAGAAUAUUACAAGUUGUUUAUGGAAAAAAUGCCUCCUGAUUGUCUAUCACAUUUUCAAGAACAAAAUGAUUUAAAGGGAUUGCUAGAAAAUCUCCAUCAAAAUAUCCAGGCCAAAAAGAGAAAGAAUGUAGAAAUCAUGUGGCUGGCAGCGACGAUUUGCCGCAAGCUGAAUGGAGUUCGCUUCACCUGCUGCAAAAGUGCCAAAGACAGGACGUCCAUGUCAGUGACGCUGGAGCAGUGUUCCAUCCUGAGGGACGAGCACCAGCUGCACAAGGACUUCUUCAUUCGGGCUCUGGAUUGCAUGAGGAGAGAAGGAUGCCGCAUAGAGAAUGUGCUGAAGAAUGUCAAAUGCAGAAAGUAUGCAUUCAACAUGCUCCAGCUGAUGGCUUUCCCAAAGUACUACAGACCUCCAGAAGGCACAUAUGGAAAAGCUGACACCUAA